AGUCCUAAACGGGUAUAAAGAGCGAGUGGAGUCCGGAGACAAAUGUCCAGAGCGUUGUUGGACAGACAGUGACGCCUCUGGACUCUUGAGUUUCUUCUGAACUCUCUUUCUAAUCCUCAGAUUUUGAAAACUAUUGUAUACUGAUUAAUAACAAUAUAUGUUUGAUGGGUUCGAACCGGCAGUUCUACCCGGCUCCGACCUAUCGGACCUUAGAGACCUACUGGGACUCCGACGACGACUCCCCCGGUCCCCGCUGCAGCCACACUCUCACCGCCGUCUCCGCCACCAAAUCUCAGGGCCCCCGCCUCAUCCUCUUCGGCGGCGCCACCGCCAUCGAGGGCGGCGCCUCCUCCUCCUCUGCCCCCGGCAUCCGGUUAGCUGGUGUAACGAAUGCAAUUCAUUCUUACGAUGUUCUCACCAGGAAAUGGACCAGACUCCGACCGGCUGGUGAGCCACCUUCUCCUAGGGCUGCACACACAGCAGCAGCUGUUGGCACUAUGGUUGUGUUUCAGGGCGGAAUAGGUCCUGCUGGGCAUUCAACAGAUGACCUCUAUGUGCUUGACUUGGCCAGUGACAAAUUCAAGUGGCACAGAGUUGUAGUUCAAGGACAGGGUCCUGGGCCGCGAUAUGGCCAUGUAAUGGAUUUGGUUGGACAAAGAUACCUUGUUACUGUCAGCGGCAAUGACGGGAAAAGAGUGCUGUCAGAUGCUUGGGUUCUGGAUACUGCGCAGAAGCCAUAUGUGUGGCAGAUGCUUAACCCAGAAGGUGAUAGACCUUCUGCUAGAAUGUAUGCAACAGCUAGUGCCCGUUCGGAUGGCAUGUUUCUGCUGUGUGGUGGAAGAGACUCCUCAGGCAUGCCACUGGCAGAUGCUUAUGGGCUGCUUAUGCAUAUGAACGGUCAGUGGGAGUGGACUCUUGCACCUGGGGUGUCUCCUUCACCAAGAUAUGAACACGCUGCAGUCUUUGUUGGUGCUAGAUUGCAUGUCACAGGAGGUGCUCUUAGAGGAGGACGUGCAGUUGAAGGUGAAGCAGCUGUUGCAGUAUUGGACACUGCUGCUGGAGCAUGGUUGGAUAGAAAUGGGCUUGUGACUACCUCACGAACAAGCAAAGGACCCACUGAGCAUGAUCCUUCUUUGGAGCUUAUGCGUCGUUGUCGGCAUGCAGCCGCAUCUGUCGCGGAACGGAUAUAUAUCUAUGGUGGUCUCAAAGGAGAUAUACUGCUAGAUGAAUUCCUGGUUGCAGAAAAUUCACCUAUUCAGUCUGACAUUAAUUCUCCUAUUCUGUCAUCUGAGAGGGCCCCAACCAUGACACGGCCCAGAACAAACCAUUCUAAUUUAAGUUCAUUCGACCCAACAUCACUUUCAGAUACACGACCAGAAAUUACCUCAUCUGGUGGCAUGAGCAGCAUGCGCAAGAACUCUAUGGAGAAACUGGUUGAGGCUUCUGCUGCCGAGGCCGAGGCUGCUAGUGCCGUCUGGCAAGCCAUGCAGGCAACAUCUGCCACUCCUGAAGAAACAUCUAUGUCAGAUGACAACUCACAAGUUGCAGAGACUGCUUCGGAGAGUAGUGACACUGACCCAGAUGUUCGCCUUCACCCCAGAGCGGUUGUAAUUGCUAAAGAGGCUGCGGGAAACCUGGGCUUGAUGGUAAGGCAGCUAUCCUUGGAUCAAUUUGAAAAUGAGAGCAGACGAAUGGUUCCCUGGAAUAAUGACCAGUCAUAUCCUACCAAAAAAAUUACCCGGCAGAGGUCUCCUCAAGGCUUGCAUAAGAAGAUUAUUUCUACUUUGCUUAUGCCUCGGAACUGGAAAGCUCCUCCUAAUAGGAGAUUUUUUCUGGAUUCUUAUGAAGUGGGUGAGCUUUGCUAUGCUGUUGAACAAAUCUUUAUGCAGGAGCCCACAGUUCUGCAACUGAAAGCUCCUAUAAAAGUAUUUGGUGAUCUUCAUGGACAGUUUGGCGAUUUAAUGCGUUUAUUUGAUGAAUAUGGAUUUCCUUCCCCUGCAGGAGACAUAACGUACAUUGACUAUUUGUUUCUUGGUGAUUAUGUCGAUCGAGGACAGCACAGCUUGGAGACCAUCACCUUGCUCCUUGCACUAAAGAUUCAGUAUCCUGAUAAUGUUUUUUUGAUACGCGGGAAUCAUGAGGCUGCUGACAUAAAUGCACUUUUUGGUUUUCGUCUCGAAUGCAUUGAAAGAAUGGGAGAAAGUGAUGGAAUCUGGGCAUGGACACGAUUCAAUCAACUUUUUAACUUUCUUCCGCUUGCUGCACUCAUUGAGAAAAAAAUUAUAUGUAUGCAUGGUGGAAUAGGGAGGUCAAUACAUUCAGUAGAACAGAUAGAGAAACUUGAAAGACCCAUAACUAUGGAUGGUGGAUCUAUAAUUUUAAUGGAUCUUCUAUGGUCUGAUCCCACAGAAAAUGAUAGUGUGGAGGGUUUAAGACCAAAUGCUAGAGGGCCUGGUCUCGUCACUUUUGGGCCUGAUCGCGUCACAGAUUUCUGUAAGAAAAAUAAAUUGCAAUUAAUUAUAAGAGCCCAUGAAUGCGUUAUGGAUGGGUUUGAACGGUUUGCUCAGGGCCAAUUGAUCACACUCUUUUCUGCAACCAACUAUUGUGGGACGGCCAACAACGCUGGAGCACUACUGGUUGUUGGCAGAGGAUUGGUCAUCGUUCCGAAAUUGAUUCAUCCGCUGCCACCUCCCUUUCAGUCCCCAGAGACAUCUCCAGAACGUGUCGUACAUGAUGCAUGGAUGCAGGAGCUUAACAUUCAAAGGCCACCAACCCCUACCAGAGGUCGCCCACAACCUGAACUUGACCGGAACUCACUUGCAUAUAUCUGAUUCCUUGCGACAUAAUUGUUGUUUACAGUGUUUACAAUGUCUUAACCGCACUUUUUAUAGGGGGCAUGAUCACAAUCCAGUUCUACAUCAAGAAUGAUCACUGCCCAGUUCUACAUCAAUACAUGUUCACAAUAUACAGUACCCCAUGUUGUAUUUUCAUGAUGUAGAUACCAAGUUCCAUUAGAGGAGGCUAGUCUAUACUACAUGGCUCGGGAAUGGUAGAAAAGCUAGCUGUUAGCAGAUGCGUAGUGACCACUCUUCCCCAAUUUGCUUUUGUUGUAUUUGUACAAUUGAGCUGGUGGAAGCUGUACUUUUGACUCGCACAACUUUUAGUUGGGGGAAGUUGCUCCCUAAGGUUUUGUAUAGUGUAUUGUAUUGUAUUGUAAAUGUAUAUUAUUUUUUUGAAUUUUGACCCAGCUCAGAGGCUGAGGUUUCUUUCUUAGAUCUCACUUCUUACUUUUCAA